AUGAAUAAUAACGGGAAUCCUGACAUGUCUGUUUCUGGGAAGACGGUCGAUUCCUCGGGGAGUUCCCAUGAGACCUCUGGGGUCAGCGGCAGCUUGACACGGAGCCUUCAUCGCUCCGUGUCCCGUGGAGGCAGAGAGUUUGAGGAAAAGGUUACCAUGAAGACUCCCCCCGUAUUGCAACUUAAACCCAAGUUACCUCGUCUUCUGAAGAAGGCAGGAGCCACGCGCUCGUCUCACAGACACCUGGUAAAGAUCACGGAAUCGUCUAAGAAGAUCGAAGAACAGAUGAACUAUGAACACUUACAGAAACUGGAGUGUAUGUUCCGCGAAGCAGAUGUUGACGGCGGUGGAGGCUUGGAUAUGGACGAGUUUAGAGAAGCGAUGAAGAAGAUGGGCAAUAUUCCUGAGGAAGACAUUGAUGUCAUUUUCAUGAAGGUGGACACCAACUGUGAUGGUUCGGUGGACUGGGAAGAGUAUCUAAAUUACAUGCUGUGUGAAUACCGGGGGAAGGACAUUAUGCAGAAAACCAAGGAGCUCCCAGGACUUGUGACAACCAUGAAGCCUGUCCCAGUGUCCCACUCUGAAGAGAUCAUCAAGAUCCAGUUUUUCCCCAGUCAGAGCCGGGGGAUGAAAUCCAAGAAAGGCGAGAACACCAGCAUUGGCAGCAGUCAGUCCGCCUCCGGGCGCUUCCUCACCGUGAGCAGGGACGGGAUCCUGCAGGUCUGGAGUGACUCCUUCAAGCUGCUUCGGACAGUUAAUCUGGACCAGAGGAAGCUGCGCCCCGGUGUGAAAUUGUGGGUGAUGGACAUGGUGUGCCUGCCAAAUAUCAACUUGAUGGCAGUUGCAUCUACUGAGCAAAAUAUUGAGUUCUUUGAUAUCGGGGGCAACAAAUGCGACCUUCAGUUUUCCCUGGAACUGGAUGUAUGUGCUUCUGCCAUGGAUUACUGGACAGAUGGAUUCAAAGGGGUGUUUUGUGUUGGAGAUGUGAAAGGGAACAUCUUGAUUUUCACUUCAUUGAAUGUCGUGACCAGCGGACUGUUCAACAUCCGAGCCUACAUAGGUGGCUUAGCAAAAGUCCCAGUGCAUAUCCUCAUGGGAGGCAAGACAUACCCAUACAGGAAUUUCACUGUGCCGGCCUUGCACGAGGACUGGUGCCAUCAAAUCAUGUUCAUCCCGCAGCUCAACUUGGUGGCCUCCUGCACGCCGGCUGAGAACACCGCCAUGGCCCUGACUUUGCUGCCGCUGAAGACUGUUGGCAAAACCCAAACUGCUAUGAUUGUACUGAGGAAAGGCAUUCUCUGCUUCGACUACUCUUCUGAAAUGAACAUUCUUGUGACCGGAGGGUAUGACCCACUGAUCCGAAUCUGGAGUCUAUACGUCACGAGCAGCCCCGUCACACAGCUGAAAGGCCACACAACCGCAGUCACUCACAUUAUGGUGAACAGGCAGAGGAACACCCUCAUUAGCAUCUCCAAGGACAAAAACAUCCGUGUCUGGGACUUGCUGGAUCACUUCUGCGUGCAGUCCAUCCAAGGCAAAAACGUGCAGCUUGGAAAAGCUCCCAUUUCGGCGGCCUACUAUCACGCAACUGCCAAUGUUGUGGCUUGCGCCACUUGCAUGAGGCGCAACGCGGACCAUCGCAGGGAGGAUGGCAUUAAGAGCGUCCUGGGUAAACAGCAGGCAGAGAUUGCUGCCUUUCAGCAGAGGGAAAAGGAUUGGGUGGUCACUAGCGGGGACGACCAGGAAUCUUCCAGCAGUUCGUAUCCAAAUCUGUAA